AUGCCAGUCUAUAACACCACUCAACCUAAACAGGUUCCAUUGUAUAUGAUGGCUUUUUCCCAAUUUCCUAAUGAUGAACCGGAGGAUGCUGAAUACGGGUUUGUAAGUCGUCAUGAGGAAGACUCAGAUGAAUACUUUGAAGAGAGGGAAAAGUACAUUACAAAUCGAAUUUCCUUCUUGAUUUACAAGCUUGAUGAAUUACAAUCAUUCAGAGACCAGCUGAUGGAUAAGAUGAAGCUAUUAAUUGCUGAACAACAAGAGGCUUCCAAGUCACAGGAACAGCAAGGUCUCAACUAUGAACAAGUGUUACAUUUACUUUUAGAACGACUCGAUGAAGUACAAUUGAAGAUAGCAAAGUGUAUUCGUGAUUAUAGUGAUGCAGUACAUCUGGAUGAUGAAGAUGGUUCUUUAAGUGUUCAUUUGAACAUGCCAACGAUCACAAGUAUCGAAACAAAAUUAACCUCACAUUACUUCUCCAAACUGGAUGAAUUUACAAGAAUGUUGGAUGGCGGAGCAGAAACAAUGAGUCGCUAUCAAGAAAUGAAAAAAAAAAGCGGCUCAAUCUUCAUUACCUAA